UCAAGAAAAAGAGAAGCAAAACCAACCUACACGCGACAUCCUCAACCCAGAAGUCUCACCACAAAAGAGCACACAACUUCGGAGACCCGCCCAUUUCACUGAACGCCUCUGCGAACUAGACUUUGUCUUCGUGACAUUUUCUCAAAUACACGCACCUCUUUAGCUCUUUGAGAGGGAAAAAAAUGUCGCUGAGGCCGAGCACCAGAACAGAGGUGAGGAAGAAAGCGUACAAGACUGGUGUUGAUGCGGAUGAGGCGAGGAGGAGGAGAGAGGACAAUCUUGUAGAGAUCAGAAAGAAUAAGCGAGAAGACAAUCUUCUGAAGAAGCGAAGAGAAGGGCUUUUGCUUCAGUCCCAACAUUUACUCGAUGCAUCUCAAAAUGCCGCCGCCAUUGAAAAGCGGUUGGAGACUAUUCCUGUAAUGGUUCGGGGAGUGUGGUCUGAUGAUCCAGCUUUGCAGUUAGAAGCAACUACUCAGUUUAGAAAGUUAUUAUCAAUUGAACGAAGUCCUCCAAUUGAUGAAGUAAUUAAAGCAGGUGUUGUCCCACGGUUUGUGGAAUUUCUUGGAAGGCAUGAUCUGCCCCAAUUACAAUUUGAGGCUGCAUGGGCUUUGACCAAUGUUGCAUCUGGGACAUCAGAGCAUACGCGAGUUGUUAUUGAUCAUGGUGCCGUUCCCAUGUUUGUGCAACUUCUUGGUUCUGCAAGUGAUGAUGUUAGAGAGCAGGCCGUGUGGGCUUUGGGUAAUGUUGCUGGUGACUCCCCAAGUUGCAGGGAUCUUGUUCUUGGUCAUGGUGCUCUGAUGCCAUUGCUAGCUCAGUUAAAUGAACACUCUAAACUAUCUAUGUUGCGUAACGCUACUUGGACGUUAUCUAAUUUCUGUCGUGGCAAGCCACCAACACCAUUUGAUCAGGUGAAACCUGCAUUGCCAAUUCUCAGGCAACUAAUCCAUUUGAAUGAUGAAGAAGUUCUGACAGAUGCUUGCUGGGCACUCUCUUAUCUUUCAGAUGGUCCGAAUGACAAAAUUCAAGCUGUCAUUGAGGCUGGUGUCUGCCAACGACUAGUGGAGCUUCUACUUCAUCCAUCUCCUACAGUUUUGAUACCUGCCCUUCGGACAGUGGGAAAUAUUGUUACUGGCGAUGAUGCUCAGACUCAGUUUGUAAUUGACAACCGAGCUCUUCCAUGCCUCUAUCAACUCCUUGUGCAAAAUCACAAGAAAAGUAUCAAGAAAGAAGCUUGUUGGACAAUCUCAAAUAUUACAGCUGGAAAUAGAGCUCAAAUACAGGCUGUUAUCGAGGCCAAUAUCAUUCUCCCACUCGUGCAGCUUCUCCAACAUGCUGAGUUUGACAUUAAAAAGGAGGCUGCAUGGGCUAUCUCAAAUGCGACCUCAGGAGGAUCUCAUGAACAGAUUCAAUUUCUAGUGAGCCAAGGUUGCAUUAAACCUCUUUGUGACCUUCUAAUAUGUCCAGACCCCAGGAUUGUGACGGUUUGCCUUGAGGGGCUGGAAAACAUUUUGAAGGUAGGUGAGGCUGACAAGGAAAUGGGAAAGAAUGGCGGAGUUAAUUUGUAUGCACAAAUGAUAGACGAAUGUGAUGGACUGGAUAAAAUUGAGAAUCUGCAGACUCACGACAACAAUGAAAUUUAUGAGAAGGCUGUUAAGAUUUUGGAAAGAUAUUGGGCUGAGGAAGAAGAGGAACAGAAUGUUCAAGAUGGUGUAGAUGGAAAUCAGCAAGCAUUUGAUUUUGGAACUAACCAGCCGAAUGCUCCCCCAGGUGGCUUCAAAUUUGGAUAGUGCGACGGGUACAAGGAUAUAUAUUUUCUUUUUCUUACUUUUGUUGGUUUUUUCUAGCUUUUUAGUUGUCCUGUUUGCUUGGAAUUUUAACAUAUAUUUUUAUUUCUGCCAAGGGUCAGGGUUUUUGGUCUGGCACAUAGGCUUGUUAUUCAUUUGUGGAAUUGUUAAAAGUGUCAAGGGCUUCAGUUUUCAGUUUUCAACUCUACUUUUAUUCUUAUAUUUCACAGGAGAAGUGGUCUUUUGUGGUUGUUUUUAUAUGAAAUUAGAACUGCAUCUAUGAUUAUUCUGGAUUCUCA